AUGCCUGACCAAGCCACCAAAGAGACUUUUCAGAAUUCAGAUCUACGGUUCACAUGUCAAGAUCAUGGGCUGACUCGUCUAUUCUUACCCACAUUGGCUCCAUUAAUGGAAGAAGGGCAUACUCACUACCGUUUCAAGACUCCAGUUGUUAAGGAGUGCCGACGAGGAGCUGUGUCAUCCACAGGAUCCGUAUCCCCUCCAGGUCCCUUCAGGCAAGAUGAAGACCUACCAGAAGAUAGGCCUCAAGAGACAGCUUCUGAAUACGAGACAAAGUUGGUUGAAGCGAACCGCCGAAUUCAAAAACUUGAGAGUGAUGCACUCGUUAGCGAGAGAGUAUUACGCAUGGUCCUGAGUAAUCUCCACGUCUUUGUAGGUCAGAAUGAGGAACUUCGGGAGAUGCUCAAUGAGCAGAGACAAAAGGUCAUGCUCCAGACUGCCGUAUUUGAAGAGGCAAACAAACAGUACAUUUUGCAACUUGAUGAAGUAUCGACACAGAAUCAAGCUCAAGAACAGAAACUCACGGCUCUGGAAAAUCUUGUGAACGAGCUCGAAAGCGAAAAGGCUGAGCUCAUUUCUGAGCUGCUGGAAAAAGAAGUGGACGAAGCGAGAGUGUUCUUCUCUCCAGAGGUGCUUGCAGAUGGUGUUAAUUUCGUCAAUAUGAUCCAUAGAUACCCGGGAAUGGUUUUACAGCCCCCGCUCUCCAUGGAUGAUUCAAUCUACCCUCUGGAGCGUUUUGCGCGUUGUGCGUUCAAGAAGAUUCAGGAAGAAGAAGAAAGUGGUAGUUCUGAGGAGACUACAAGCCAUAAUGAGGGCGACAGGUGGGAUUCGAAGUAUACGUAUGGGACAGUUGAUGAUUUGCUUCGAUUUUUCGCCCAUCACGCUAGAGCCAGUGUAGGGGCUAGACGUCGUCGUCGGACUUCGACCGGCCAACAAGAUUUGCCUGGCUCACCAUCGGUGCCUACAGCUUCCAAUUCUGCUUCUUCUCAAAACAACAACCACAACGAUGGCGGUAAUGUCAGUGUGGAAUCGAAUGGUCCCAAUGGCGAGACAGAUGACGAAUUUUCUACGAGUUCGGAUAGUCUACAGAGCUUCUUAGAAUAUCUGGCUAUGCGAGUAAGAACUGGCCAACCGGUUGGCAAUAUGUAG